AUGAGACCUUCACCACCAAAACCGUGGGAAAAAGGAACAUCUUCUACUACAUCAUCAGUUUUAAGUACACAGCAAUCGACCUCUUCAAUAACAGGAUCAACCUCUUCUAUACACAAUGGAUCAUCGAGGUUACCACCUAGGUCAGGCUCACCCAACUCUACAUCGAACAAUCAACUCUCGACAAGACCACGCACACCAAUGCGUCCAUGGGAUUCGAGUGGAACGAGCAGCUACGACAGCUCCAUGACGGGCUACGGCAGUGGUAGCUCGUAUGGCUCGGGCGGACUCUAUGGCAGCUCUGGAUAUGGCAGCGGCUACGGCAGUAGCUACGGUGGAAGUGGAUACGGAACAAGCAGUUUAUAUGGUGGUGGUGGCAGCGGAUAUGGAAGUGGACUAUACGGAAGUGGAUAUGGAAGUAGUAGCUAUGGCAGUGGCUACGGCAGUAGCUAUGGUGCUGGCGGAUACGGUAGCAGCUAUGGUGCUGGCGGCUAUGGCAGUUCGUAUGGCGGUGGCUAUGGAAGUGGCUAUGGCGGUGGCUAUGGCGGCUAUGGAAGUUCAUACGGUGGCGGCUAUGGUAGAGACGAUAUGAAGGGCGGAAUGAUGAACGGACACUCUUGGCUCGACGCACUCAAUUCAAUGGUAGAGACAUUCGGUCGUUUUUCAUUCUUAUUAAAUUCAAAUUUCGAUGCAGUUCGUGUUUCAUUUUCUUCGGUGGUCAGACUGUGUCAUAGCAUGUCGCAGUUCCACCACGAAGUAUUCUCACUAGUAAAGACUUUCACACUGUUUCGAUUGUUCCAAUCGGUCUCUUCCAAAUUUAUAAAACUGUUUAGAUAUAUACUUCGUAGGCCAACAGUAGAUGAUGUAACAAAUAAAGAAAUUUUUGGAUUAGAUGAUUUUAAAAAGUUUGAAAAGAAACAAGGUGGAGGUAUUACAACAUUUAUAAUUAUCAUUGCUGUUACAUUUAUUGCGGUGCCAAUGAUCAUUGGUCAGAUGUUUGGAUUGUCAAGAAGAAGAAAGGGUGAGAAUUCACUCGAUAAAUCAUGGGACGAUCUCGGUGAGGUUACAGUUGUACAGGCCGUGGCCGAUUUCGAUCCAGAGACUCAGCGUGAUUUGCCUCUGCGUGUAGGUGACAUCAUAAAUGUUAUAGGUAAACCACAUCAAGAAUGGUGGGAAGGUGAACAUCAAGGACGUACAGGUCUAUUCCCAGCCAACUUUGUAAAAAUAAUCGAUUCCAAUGAUAAACAACAACAAUCACAACAACAACAAUCACAACGACUUUCAAGUAAUUCAAGACAGAGACAAUAUUCACCACCAACAAUGGAAUAUCAACAAUCACAACAGCAAUACAAUUCAUCGUCAUCAUCAUCACAAUACACACCAUCGCCACCAUCACAAUCAAGACAAAACUCACCAAACAAAGAUAAAAAUCCAUCUUUUAAUCAAGAUGGAGCUGAUUACAUUAGACAACAAACACCUCCAUCACAAGACAACAGUAGAUAUAAAUCUUAUAGCGAUUUUUUAGGCGAUACUAAUGAUAAUAAUAAUAAUCAAAUGGAGAAUUCUCUUAGAAAUUAA